AUGUAUCAAAGCGUUUCAACUUAUCCAGGUAUCACAUCGAUGAUAGUCCCAGUGUACAUCGCAGAGUCGUCUCCCUCUGCCAUACGUGGCCGUUUGGUGACGUUGAAUCAGCUGUUCAUAUGUAUUGGAAUUUUGUUAUCCAGCAUCAUUGCUGGACUCUUCAGUGUAUACAGGGAGACAGGAUGGAGGUACAUGUUGGGGUUGGGAGCUCUUCCAGCAUUAGUUCAGUUCGUAGCCUUCAUAUUUCUUCCCGAAAGUCCGCGGUGGCUGCUGGUUAAAGGUCGUCCGGACGAAGCACGUGCAGUUCUGGAACGCAUCAGCAGACAAGACGAGGUUGAUGCCUCGUUCUCGUCCAUUGUUGAAUCCUUGAAAACAGACGCCGAACGAUCAUCUAAGAGUAAUGUGGUCACCCAGAUAUGUACGACCCCCUACGUGAGGAAAGCGCUGUCUAUUGGUUGCGGGCUGUGCAUCUUCGCACAGUUUAGUGGAAUAAAUACCAUAAUCUACUACAGCGGGACGAUAAUGAAGAUGGCUGGAUUCCCUGUGAGACACGCCAUUUGGUUGGUGUGUGUUCCCAAUGCGGUCGUGUUUGUGGCUACGUUCUUUGGACUGUGGACCGUCGAGCGCUUCGGAAGGAAACCAUCUCUUUGUUUCAGUAUAGCAGGUGUAAUUUUAUCCCUGAUCGUUGUGGCUGUUGGAUUCCAACUAUCAAUCACAGACUCGCCUGCCGUAAACACAACUGUUUUGGAGAUUUACGACAAUGGUACACAAAUAACAAGAUGUCACCUGCAAUACGACAUGUGUGAAUCCUGUAUUGAGGACAGUGGGUGCGGUUUCUGCUACGAUGACCUUGCGCACGCCUCAUGUCUGCCAGCUCGAGACGACCUGGCGUCAUCAAUGGGGAGGUGCAAUUCUUCUGACGAAUCGUCACGAUACACGUGGUCUCACGGCUACUGUCCUAACCAGUACACGUGGAUCCCCGUUCUGGGAAUGACCUUGUUUGUACUGGCAUUCGCACCAGGUCUAGGACCAAUGCCGUGGACGGUCAAUGCAGAAAUAUAUCCAUUGUGGGCUCGAGGAAUAUGUAUGUCUGUUGCCACUGCCUGCUUGUGGGUUUCAAACCUCGUUGUCUCCAUGACAUUCCUUACCCUCACAGAAAAGAUCACUCCAUAUGGAACAUUCUACAUGUUUGCGGGAAUUUCAACUCUUGGCUUGUUGUUUGUUUUUUUAUUACUGCCAGAAACAAAAGAAAAAACUCUAGAGGAAGUGCAAAAACUGUUUAUGACAAAUGAUGAAAAACGUCAGAUACAAGAUUCCAAAACAACUGCAGAAAGUGAUACAAAAAUGUAAUACGGUAUUCACGAUAUAUGCAUUAUGAAAUGCGUCAAUCCAAAACCAUGUUUUAUGCUGAAUAAAAAAUUAUACUGUA